UCUUUGCUGUCAAAAGAGACUGAUGAACGUACACAAAUCCCUCCUCUACUCUUUUUCCUCCAUCUAUCUGUCUGUUUGGACCAGCACUCCAUCUAUCUGUCUGUUUGGACCAGCACUCCAUCUAUCUGUCUGUUUGGACCAGCACUUCCAUCUAUCUGUCUGUUUGGACCAGCACGCCCAUCUAUCUGUCUGUUUGGACCAGCACGCCCAUCUAUCUGUCUGUUUGGACCAGCACUCCCAUCUAUCUGUCUGUUUGGACCAGCACUCCAUCUCUCUGUCUGUCUGCCCGUCUGCCAGCACGACAUUAGAGUGGGUGCAUUCGCAUGAUCAUUCCUAAGAGCAGAAGACCAGAAAUCUCCUCGGCCAACCAGAACCUUAGGUCCUCAUCCAGCCCAGCGCCCUGAUAGGCUACCGGUGGAAGAAGUGGAAUUCCCAGUUGGCAUUCCCAAUUUUCCUGUCCUCUACCAGGUGGUGUGUGAUAUUCCCUAGCCCAACGGCCUGAAAGAGGGUCUGUCUUGGAUACCACAGGCCUUCUGGGUACUCCUCUCCUCUCCAUUACCAUGGCUACCAACAGGGAACGGCAGGUGGGUCAGGUGGGUCACAUGACAGGUUUCCCACCUGCUGUCUACCCAUUUGCCUUCAACUCCAUGCGGAACCACUCCUCCUUUGACCUGCUGGCCAAUAGCAGCCUGUUUGGGAGAUUCAGCACCGACCUCCCUAAAGAGAUGGCUGCACUGUCGGUGGAGACCCAGAGCACCAGCUCAGAGGAGAUGGUCCCCAGCUCUCCCUCUCCACCUCCCCCGCCACGCAUCUACAAGCCCUGCUUCGUGUGCCAGGACAAGUCCUCCGGCUAUCACUACGGGGUCAGCUCCUGUGAGGGCUGCAAGGGCUUCUUCCGGCGCAGCAUCCAGAAGAACAUGGUGUACACCUGUCACCGGGACAAGAACUGCCAGAUCAACAAGGUCACCCGGAACCGCUGCCAGUACUGCCGACUGCAGAAGUGCUUCGAGGUCGGCAUGUCCAAGGAAGGUGAGAGACCAGUGCGCAACGACAGGAACAAGAAGAAGAAGGACGUGAAGGAGGAGUUGGUGCCGCCGGAGAGCUAUGAGCUGAGUGGGGAACUGGAGGAGCUGGUCAACAAAGUCAGCAAGGCCCACCAAGACACCUUCCCCUCACUGCUGCAGCUGGGCAAAUACCACACCGUAAGAGUCUCACACAUUUGGAACUCCAGUGCAGAGCAGCGCGUGCAGCUGGACCUGGGGCUGUGGGAUAAGUUCAGUGAGCUCUCCACCAAGUGCAUCAUCAAGAUCGUGGAGUUUGCCAAGCGCCUCCCCGGCUUCACCACCCUCACCAUCGCUGACCAGAUCACCCUCCUCAAGUCAGCCUGCCUGGACAUCCUGAUGUUGAGGAUCUGCACGCGCUACACCCCAGAGCAGGACACCAUGACUUUCUCCGACGGGCUGACCCUGAACCGGACCCAGAUGCACAACGCAGGCUUCGGCCCGCUCACAGACCUGGUGUUUGCCUUCGCUGGCCAGCUGCUGCCUCUGGAGAUGGACGACACAGAGACUGGCCUCCUCAGCGCCAUCUCCCUCAUUUCUGGAGACCGUAUGGACCUGGAGGAGCCCCAGAAGGUGGACAAGCUGCAGGAGCCCCUCCUGGAGGCCCUGAAGAUCUACGCCCGUCGCAGACGCCCCAACAAACCACACAUGUUCCCCCGCAUGCUGAUGAAGAUCACUGACCUCAGAGGCAUCAGCACCAAGGGGGCCGAGAGGGCCCUCACUCUGAAGAUGGAGAUCCCAGGCCCCAUGCCUCCUCUGAUCAGGGAGAUGUUAGAGAACCCAGAGGCCUUCGAGGACCAGACAGAGAGCAGUGGAGAGAGCUCCCCACCGCCUGCCCCUCCACCCACUCCACCAGCCUCCACCAAGCCCCCCGCCACCAUGAAGACUGAGGCCGAGGACGAGGAGGACAGCUGGGGGACAGAGAACGGCAGUGAGCCCUCCCCAGAGGAGGAAGAUGAGGAUGAUUAUGAUGAUGGGGAAGAAGAGGACAGGGGCUCGGACAGUGAGGGGGAAUCCUGGGCUCUGGAGAGUGGCAGCGAAGGGGAUAGGAAGAGCCGUGCCAGGAGGGCGCAGUGAGGAGGGGAGGCUAUCACACACAAAUACAGUCUGUGCACUCAAAUACACACACUAACUGAUGUAAUCAUACACACGCACACACACACACACACACACACACACACACACACACACACACACACACACACACACACACACACACACACACACACACACACACACACACACACACACACACACACACACACACACAGACACACAGACACACAUACACCCACCUUACCCCUUCCAAUGCUGGCCCUCCCUCGCUUUCCUCUGUAUCCUCUCCAUCUUCCUACUGCACAUCAGUCUCUCCAAGCAGGACAUGACAGGACAGCAGAGACUUACACCUAACUGUACAGACACUAUAACUCAGGUUCUCUGACUCACAGGUUCCUGAUAAGUAACAUGCAGACACGCAGAGAGACCUGCAGAGAUACUAUUAUAAAAGAGGGAUCGGAGAGACGACAUGAUGCAACCGACUGGACUCGUGAGUCCUGAUAUAGAGAAGAGGGAAGAUGGCGUGAUGGCAACCGACUGGACUCGUGAGUCCUGAUAUAGAGAAGAGGGAAGAUGGCGUGAUGGCAACAAAAAACAAAAAGUGGACUCUUUGACAACAAAAAAAUCACAUUUUUUUACUCUCUUUUUGUUUGUAUCUACAUAGAGGAAUGGCCAAAACAGAAAGCAUGAACUGAACAAUAGACUAUUUCCAACGGAUGCAAAGCAAAACACGUUUCUUAAAAAGACAAACACAGGAUGAAACCAAACUGAAUAUGCUAAUCGAUUUUUCUGCUGUUAUUUGCUUUUGAAUACUGUUCAAUUUGUUUGUUUUUUUUCUUGAAUUUUCUUUCCCUCUCAAUGUAUUAAUUAGUCCAUACAUAUCUAUAUAUACCAUUUAUAUUUUGUUUGUUUGUAAUCCUGGUUUUGUAAAUGAUUUCUUUAGAUGAGGUGUUGUUUUUUGAGGAGAUUCCCAUUACCUACGGAUAUCCAGAGAGAGAGAGACGAAUCAGAAUCCGAACUGGCAGACCUCGAACUGAAUCUUCUUUCCAACUGCGCCACUGGUGUUUUUUGGGCAGUUUUGCGCGCCGUAGAUGUCAAUGAUAAUCAACUCCGUAAUGUUGUGUUACAGUGACUAAAGUUGUGGAUUUGUGUUGUUUAUCAGGGGACUAGCAUUCAUCUAUGUGCUUCCUUUCAACGCAACAAACGAUGCUGUCGAAUGGAUAGUGUCUCAGUGCCAAAGUUAGCAACUCAACACACACUGACAUGUAAAAGUAUACACACACACACACACACACAUACUAAACCUCAAACCUAUAACAAACGUGCCAUUUUGGCUUUGUUUGGUAGACAGAGAUUGACAGUUGGCCGUAGCACUUGGCUGUGGCACUUUGAUAUCUUGUUUUAUACAAUGCAUCUUUAUUGCCCAAUAUUGACAGUACAGUCAAUGGCAAUCUCAUCUUAUUCAGCAGUCAUGCAAUUAACGAACACAACGGAAAUGUAGAGAACUAUCAUCAUCAAAUGCCUGUGAAACCCGAAGCAGUAUUUAACAACGUGCACAAGCAAACACUCGCUGACACAUGAUCAACACACACGCAGACACACGCAAGUUCAAACCAGGAACUUUUAGUGGCAACGACAUGAAAACAGACUUCUCAGGGCUACUCUGUUACUAAGGACCAAACCCUAGCGGCCGCCAGGCUGUAGGGUGCGCCAGGAACAGGCAAUAUUUAUGUGUGUGUAUUUUUGACUCAAGUCAGUGGGAUCUGACCAGUAAACUCCUAGCUCGGUGUACAUAGAAGAUAGAUGACUGGUCUAACAAAUGGCGUGGAUGCCAGCCAGCCUGUUACCCUUUUCACACUAUCAUGCCAACCCAAACCAAACCAGUGCUGGCAUGGGUAUUCUAUUUUCACAUGGUCCUUUCCAGCACAGUUCCAGGAACUACGGUGGGUGCAGAGCCAGGCCAGCUCUGUCCAGCUCAGUUUGGCUCGGCUCACUGGUGUGAAAAGCAUCAUCUGUCUCAGACCUGGCAAUCCGAGAAACCAACUGCCUUCUCAUCCGAAGCCAUGACAUCAUCAUGUCUUUGUAAUGUUGUAGGUUUGUACCCCCGCUCUCUCGUCUUCUUCAGUGAAGUGGCAGGCCCCAUGUGUCCUCCCGUCAUUUUCUUCUUCUCUUGCCAACGUGUCUCAGUCAAUAUGUAACCAAUGGUUCAUGAUGCAGCUGGCUACGUGUACAUUCCAGAGUUUUGUACACAGUCUCGCUACGAAGAUACAGUAUAUGAACAGGAACGCAACAGACUCCUCCCAGCGGUAGAGAAAGAGGGCCUACUGUACAGUUCUCUCUGAAUGUGGCCCUCCUGGUUGGUUUUUGAGUGUGUGUACAGGCUUUAACAUGUCUCCUCUGUCAUCGGGUGGAUGUUCUCUGUACGGCGCUGUGGAGUCACACAGGAGCGCUUGAGAAGCAGAGCCGGCGAGGUUUGAUGACCUCGUUUCCUCUCGGCCUGCCCUGCCAGGCCUUCAUGAUGCAAACGUUGCGAUUAUGCUGUUUUGGUGCCGGUGUUCUCUGUAAAACAUGGCCAGGGUAUUGUCCAAUCUUCUGUUCAUACCAACUCUGUCAUACAACGAAAAAGCCAUAUGAACUGUAAGGCAAAUAAAUUACUUUUGUGAGAUGAAUAACAUA